CAGAGAAAGAGAUUCCUUCUCUGUGGCUGCCCUAUUCAGUUGUUGUCCCAUGCGGAAUUCAUUGCCUGAUAGCGGUGUUGGUACCUGUUUUUGUUUCUCUGUUUUCUUUAAAGUUUUUAGACAGUUAAGUUGAAAAAAAUUAUUGCUUUUAUGGUUUGCUGCUCUCUGGAAACUUCUGUCAUACCUUCUCUUUUAAGUUGAGUUUAGGAAAUAUGUCAUCUGACCCUGAUAAUCUUGCUGGACCAUCUAAGGAAUCAAGGAAUUUCUCAGUUAAAAAAUCUCAUAUACGCUUUGAACCAACUUUUUGUUCUAAGCGUACUGCUAUGAAAGCAAGAAAAAUAUCAAGAGUAAAUGUUCCCUUCUCUAAUGUUAUACGUUUUGAUAAUAUGCCAUCUCAUCAUGAUCCUCAUCUUGGUUCAUCUGUGGAAAUUAGGGCUCCAUCGGUUAAAAAGGCACAUAUUCUCUUUGACAAAACUUUUUCUGCUAACCGUGCUGCUGCGAAAGGAAUAUCAGGAUUCAAUAUUCCCUUCCCUAAUAUAAUUAUUCCAGAAAAUGCAUCAUCUGACUCUGAUAGUCUUGCUGGAUCAUCUGAGGAAUCAAGGACUCCAUCUGUGAAUGAACCACAUAAUCGCUUUGAAUCAGCUUUUUGUUCUAAGCGUACUGCCGCAAAAGGAAGAAGAAUACCAAGAUUCAAUCGCUUCCCCACUCUUAUUCAAGUUAGACAGAUGCAGAUGGAAUCUGAAGAUCAGGUGUAUACGGAUGAUGAUGAUGGGCAUUUGAAUCUCGGUAUUGGUGAUAAUGUUGAAAACUAUACUAUGGUGGGGCAUAUUGGCAAAGGUACUUUCGGCAGAGUUAUAAAAGCACGUAGCUUAGAUACACGCCAAAUAGUUGCUCUAAAGAUAGUUAGGAACUCUUUAGAGUGCAUAGAAAAUGCUAAAAAUGAAGUUACUAUUCUGAAAUCUUUGAAUGAGAAAGAUCCUGAGGGAAAGUAUUUGUGGGUUCAGAUGGUAGACUUUUUUGAAUUUCAAGAUCAUGUUUGCAUAGCAUUCGAAAAACUUGGUGAAAGUUUAUAUUCUUUUAUGAAAAUAAAUAAGCACCGGCCAUACCAGUUGUCUCAGGUACGGCAUAUCAUCUAUCAAAUUUGCUACUCUGUAAAAGCUCUUCAUGAUAAUAUGAUUAUGCAUACUGAUCUGAAACCAGAAAACAUCUGCUUCCAAUCUUCUGAUUUUACUUAUGGAGUUCGUGCUACACGUCAACAAACUUAUCGUAAGCCUUUAAGUACAAACAUUAGACUGAUAGAUUUUGGAUCAGCAAUUCACUUCACUGAAAGUAGAGAUAUGAUGAUUCAGACUAGAUACUAUCGUGCUCCUGAAGUUAUUUUUGGACUUCCGUGGGAUCAAGCAGUUGAUGUUUGGAGUAUUGGUUGCAUUCUUUUUGAAUUGUAUACUGGAGACUGUCUUUUUGCAGUUCACGAUAAUGCGGAACAUUUCAUUAUGAUGCAUGAUGUUUUAGGUGCUUUUCCUCAUUUAUUUUCCUCAACUGACUUUGCAAAGAGACAUGAAUUUCUUUUAUAUUUGGGACGUAGGAAAAAAGGACGUAAACCUUUAAAACGAUACAUGCAUAUGUCAUCUAAAGAACAUCAAGAGUUGUUUGACUUAAUGGAAAAAUUGUUGAAGUAUGACCCUAAAGAACGAAUAAGAUUAACAGAUGCUCUGCAACAUCCUUUUUUUGAUCUGUUACCUGAUCACCUGAAGUUAGAAUAGGGAAUCUUGUGCUAUUUCAUUUAUGUCUGUGGAAUUAUUGUUUUAUGUUAUGUCUCAAUUCUAUGAAUGUGCUUAAUCUCAUGCUUAAAUAUUGUUAUUUUGUAAGUCACAUUGACUAGUUCUCUAUUCCUAAAAUAAGGUUGAGCUUUUCAAUGCUGUCUUUACUUUCCUAGUAACUUCAUCAAAAUAUACUUGUUUUAUAUUUAUAUAUAUAUAUAGUGUGUUUUUCAUGGCAGUGAUAGUAAUGCAAUAUUGUGUCAUUACUGUCAGUCCAUCCAUGAUAAAUUUAUUUAAAAAAAUGCGAAUGGUUUUCAGGGGGUAAAAAACCAAAUCUUUUUCUUCAUAAAUUAAAAAAAAAAAUACUCUUUUCCAACAUUGGUAAAAUGCAAAAUAUUUCACUAGAUUUAGAACAAAUUGUUUUCUCAUGACUCAUCUUCAUUUUAUCAUGCCCUGUAUGUAUUCUUUCAAGUUGUUCAUUUUUAAUUAACAUUUGUCACUAUGAAAGCACAUUCUACAGCAAUCGUUUUCUGAGCAUUUUUCGCCAAGAUCUUACAAGCAUCUCUUUGAUAGAAAGAAAAUCUACGUAUAAUUUAAUGAUAAAAUAGAUAUAAUCUAAAACAGCUUUUGUAUACAUACUGUUUAUUCCUAUUCUGUCAGUUUGCUUUGCCAGUUAUUAAUUCAGAAUAAUAUAUUACUCUUCAAAUGACCUUAAAGAUUUUAUCAAAAUUUUAAAGAAUAUUUUAUACUAAUAGAUGAAAUUGAAAAUGUGAUAAAAUGAUACUGUAUGUUGUCAUUUUGUUACAAAUAAUGUUACUUGUGAUAUUUUCUUAUGUUUAUAAAGAUAAUAAUUUCUAUAUGACAGAGGUAUCUCUGCACUGUUUUAUAAAAGAAAUGUUUUAUGAAGAAUCGAUAUUUGAGUUUUUUAAUGCCAUGUAAAUAUUUUCAUCAUUAUUGUAUAUCUCAAAGAAUGCUCAUAAUGAGUCAUAUUGACUUUCACUAGUCCUUUUGAAAGAUGUGCAAUUCUUUUUCUCUGUGCUCAUCUUUCUUUCCAUAAAAGUUUAUGUAAUACUUAGAUGUUUGAUGUACUUGUUAUUUUAUUUAUUUAGCUAUACGUUUAAAGUUCUGAACUCUUAUAUACAAUAUUUGAGUUUUAAAAUGUAAUUGGAUUAUUUUAUAUAUCUUCAAAUAUUAUGUUCAUUGUGU